CGUCGAUAUCAACCGGUCAAUUCAUAUCACGAUCAGAUAUAGCAUCUUAUCGUACGAUAAUUCUAAUGGGUAGCGUAUUGAUCACAGUUGGAUCGGGAUUACUUACUUUAUGGAACGAACAUUCUGGAAGAGGUGUUCAAAUCGGUUAUAUGAUUAUCACUGGUGUAGGAGUAGGAAUUAUUAUUCAAACUACAAUUCUUUGUGGACAACAAAUCGUCGAUUAUAAAGAUGUCGCGUCUGUUACUUCUCUUUUAACCUUCUUUAGAACGAUUGGAGCCGUAUUUGGUGUCGCAGUAAUCGGCACUACAUUCAAAGACGUUCUCGCUCGUAAUUUGAAUAAACUUUCAUUACCAACUGAAAUCAAUCUGGCUGUAAGACAAUCCGCUUUUGCAGUUCAAAGCUUGCCCGACGAUAUGAGAAUUCCGGUUAUAUCUGCUUACGUUAAUGCUUUGAGUGUUGCCUAUAUGGUUUUAGUACCAGCAGGGAUAUUAUGCACUAUUUUUGCAACCUUUGUAGGAAAUCAUAAACCUAGAAGGAGUGAAAAAGAGACGGUGGUGGUCUUUGAUUAA